CGACGUGACGGUUGCUACCCGGAAGCAGAACGGGGAGGGGCUUCCCUGUGCUCAGGAUUUCCUUGUGGUGGGAAUGAAAGGAUUUGCGGCGACUGCAGCAGCGGCAGCUUUUUUCGCUGUGGUAAUGUAGUGAGUUGGAGAAGCUUCAUUUACUGUAUUUCUGCCUGCGAUGUCCGCCGUUGACGGCAUAAAGAAGAGGAGAAGGGGGAAAGGGGAAGCACCCCUCUCCUGAAAUCAUCAUGUGGAGAAAGAGUCAGUUCUAAAACGAGCCAGGCUCAUUCAUUCCAUGCUGCAGUAUUCUCGCUGAUUCUGUGUCAAUUAAAAAUGUUCAGAAAAGGAAAAAAGCGGCAUAGUAGCAGCAGUUCACAAAGCAGUGAAAUCAGUACCAAAAGUAAGUCAGUGGAUUCCAGUCUUGGUGGGCUUUCGCGAUCUAGUACUGUGGCUAGUCUAGAUACAGACUCCACAAAAAGUUCAGGCCAGAGCAAUAGCAACUCAGAUGCUUGUGCAGAAUUUAGAGUAAAAUAUGUCGGUGCCAUUGAAAAACUGAAGCUUGAUGAAAGCAAGACUUUGGAGGGGCCAUUGGACUUGAUAAACUACAUAGAUGUGGCACAGCAAGAUGGAAAGCUACCCUUUGUUCCAGGGGAAGAAGAAUUCGUUAUGGGAGUUUCCAAGUAUGGUAUUAAAGUCACAACUUUGGACCAGUAUGAUGUUUUGCAUAGACAUGCGCUCUACCUAAUUGUUCGGAUGGUCUGCUAUGAUGAUGGCCUUGGGGCAGGGAAGAGUUUACUGGCUUUAAAGACAACUGAUACAAACUAUGAAGAGUACAACCUUUGGAUAUACCAGUGUAAUAGUAUGGAACAAGCACAAGCUAUUUGUAAGGUGCUGUCAACAGCCUUUGACUCUGUUUUAACAUCUGAGAAGUCCUGAAUUUCUACAGCUGCACUUCAUGCUGAGAGGAAGUACUGAUUACUGUGACUGCAGCAAUGGGAGAAGAAUGAAAACAAGUAUUUUGGAGUAGAUGUGAACAUUUUUGUUAACUGCUUGAACAUACUGUUCAAAGGAAUGAAGUGGGUUUUUUUUAUAAAAAAAAACAACCAUUUGUAUGUUUCCCAAACUGUCACUCAAAGCUCAACUGACCGUGCAUGAGUUUCUGUGCUAAAUAUCAAAUCUUGUGUUUCAAAGAUUUAUACCAUUUUUGUAAAUGAAUAAAAAAAUGAAUAGAA